UUCUAGAAAGUGAGCGGGAGAACAAUUCUCUUUGUCUGUCAGACCUGCUGGCUUUAUGAAGAUGAAAAACUCUGUAUCUAGAAGUUCAUCCCACAAAAGCGAGCUGUCCAAACCAGAACCUCCAUGUUUCUAUCCAGAACCAUCAGAAUCACAGCAGAUAAAGAGGAUUUCUGUUUGUGAUGAGGAACAGUCGUCCUCCUCUACCUCCUGCUUCGGAGGCUGCAGACAGAACUUCCCCUCAGUCUGGGUCCAGUCUGCUCCACCAGAACAUCCCUGCUCCGAAAACAGAUCUGGCCAAACAGAUGUUCUACGGGAUGAGUUAGAAGAACUUAAGAUCAGUUUCAGGAGAUGCAAAUAUGUGACUGAGGAAACGGAUGAAGCAGGAAGUGGAAAUCUCCUCAACAGGAUCUUCACUGAGCUCUGGAUCACAGAGGAACAGAGAGAAGAUAUUCAGACACAGCACGAGGUCAGGCAGCUGGAAGCCAACAACAUCUUCAGAUCCUCUCCUGACCAUCACGGGUCCAUCAGAGUGGUUCUGACAAACGGCGUGGCAGGAGCUGGAAAAACCUUCUUGGUGCAGAAGUUCACUCUGGACUGGGCCGAGGGUUUGGAGGACCAAGACAUCAGCGCCGUGGUUCCUCUCCCUUUCAGGGAGCUGAACUUGAUCAGAGAGGAGCAGCACAGUCUUCUCACUCUGAUCCAGAUGUUCCAUCCAAUCUUCCAGAAGAUCCCAGCAGAGCAGCUGUCUGUCUGUAAACUCCUCUUCAUCUUUGAUGGUCUGGAUGAAAGCAGACUUUCUCUGGACUUCAACAACGGUCAGGUGGUGUCUGACGUCACCCAGAAGUCCUCAGUCAAUGUUCUUCUGACAAACCUCAUCCAGGGACGUCUGCUUCCCUCAGCUCUGGUCUGGAUCACCUCCAGACCUGCAGCAGCCAAUCAGAUCCCUCCUUCGUGUGUCUCUAGGGUAACAGAAGUACGAGGCUUCACCGACUCCCAGAAGGAGGAGUACUUCAGGAGGAGAUUCAAAGAUGGAGAUCUGUCCAGCAGAAUCCUCUCCUACAUCAAGGCCUCCAGGAGUCUCUUCAACAUGUGUGAGCUCCCGAUCUUCUGUUGGAUCACUGCUGGGGUUCUGGAGGACAGGUUGACCACAGAGCAGAGAGGAGAGCUGCCAACAACCCUGACGGACCUGUACUCACACUUCCUGAUGGUCCACACAAAGAGGAGGAAGAAUAAGUACCAGCAGGAAGAUGAGCAGAGUCCAGAGGAGCUGACAGAGGCGGACAGGGAAGUUCUCCUGAAGCUGGGGAGGCUGGCGCUGGAACAUCUGGAGAAAGGAAACACGUUCUACCAAGAAGACCUGCAGCAGUGUGGUCUGGAUGUCACGGAGGCUUCUGUUUUCUCAGGAGUUUGUACAGAGAUCCUCAGAAGAGACUGUGGGAUCUUCCAGAAAGCGGUCUACAGCUUCGUCCAUCAGAGCGUUCAGGAGUUUCUGUCUGCAGUCUACACGAUUCACCGUUCCUCCAGCAGGAACACAGAGAACGUCCUGAGAGAAGACAAACACGUGGAGCCAAAGCUGAACAUUUUUACAGAGCAGAAGCUGAAGUUCUCCAAAAAGAAGCAGCUUGUUCCACCUCUAGACGGGUUUCUAAGCAAAGUCAUGAAGAAAUCCUUGAGGAGGGAAACUGGACACCUGGACCUGUUUGUCUGUUUCCUUCACGGUCUCUCUGUGAAGUCCAGUCGGAUUCUGUUAGGAGGACUUCUGGAUCAAACAACAGAUCCUACAGAAACUGCCUAGAAGGUCAAGAAGAUUCUUGACCUUGAAGUUCUAAAAACUCCCCUGACAGAAGCCUCAGUCUGAUAGAGAAAAAGGAUUUCUGAGGUCAUCAGGUGAGGUCAGAGAAGUUCUGGCUGCGUUGGAGAGAUGACUGUUCCUGUAGAUGCUGGUGAGAUCAGAGGAGCUUCAACUAUAAAAAUCGAUCACACAGUGAAGGGGACUGUUGGUUUGACCUAAAAUCACUGAUAAUGUUUGUUCAAAGUGUAAAAAUUUAUUUUUUUUAUACAUUUUUUCAUUCAGUUCAAUAAAUUUAUGAGUAAAUGUAAACGUUUUGAAAUAGUUUUGUUUUUAUUGGAAAAUGUGAUCAGAUUUUUUUCAAGGUAAAAUUCUAAUGUUUUCUGUGUCUGGAACAUGAAUGUGCAAUUAUCAAGUUGUUUAUCUAAUUUUAGGGCAUUGCGGGUAAUGUGGUUUAUAACAUUCCUCCCACUGUUUUUAUGAAAAUAAAGCAAGGAGUGGCUUAGUUCAGCCCUUCCUCUCAGCAUA